ACAUAUAGUUGUGUAAUCACGCGCCAUCUUACAGUUUCAGUUCAAGAAGAACUCUAAUUGUCAUCUACCUUCUCAUUUGCUCUUUCACUGCCACCACUGUAACCCAGAAAACAUUUUUCUCAAAAACCAAACCACCAAACAGAAAAGAAUCAUGUUCUUCGCUACGACUACCACCCAAAUGCCAUCUACCAAGACUAUAGUUUCUGUUGCCGCCUCGGCAGCUGGCACGGCGAUGCUUGUUCGGAAACUUGCACGUGACUAUUUGCCUCACGAGGUACGAGAUUACUUGUUCUUCAAAGUUAGAGAUUUCAUUGCACGUUUCUCUAAUGAGUUAACUUUAGUCAUUGAAGACUCUAGUGGCUUCCAUCGAAACAAACUCUUUAAAGCGGCGAAGUUUUAUCUUGAAUCGAAAAUUCCCCCUCAUGUGAGAAGAAUCAAAAUCAACCUGCCAAGAAAGGAAACCAAAAUUUCACUCUCAGUGGACAAGAACGACGAGAUUGUUGAUAAAUUUAAUGGGGUCCAUUUGACAUGGAGAUUUAGAUCAAAACAAGCCCCAUCAAAGGUUGUCCGCGACCCACUCCAUUACGGCCCUACGGUUCAAAAUGAAGUCAAGUUUUUUGAGUUGAGUUUUCACAAGAAACAUAAAGAUAUGAUCUUGGAGAAUUAUAUUCCUCAUAUUUUGAAGAAAUCUACGGAAAUAAUCGAGGAAAAUAAGACUUUGAAGCUUCAUACUUUGAAACUUGAUCGGAUGCAUGGAAGGGAUGUGUGGCAAUCAGUGAAUCUUGACCAUCCAGCAACUUUUGAUACUCUGGCAAUGGACUUGGAUAUAAAGAAAAGGAUAAUGGAGGAUCUAGAGAGAUUUGUGAGGAGGAAAGAGUUUUACAAGAGAGUGGGGAAGGCAUGGAAAAGAGGAUACUUGUUGUUUGGUCCUCCUGGUACUGGGAAAUCAAGCUUGAUUGCCGCAAUGGCAAAUUAUCUCAAGUUUGACAUCUAUGACUUGGAGUUGACCAGUCUUAUGGGGAAUAGUGACUUAAGGAAGCUGUUAAUUACCACGGAGAAUAAGUCCAUCCUCGUUGUAGAGGACAUUGAUUAUUCAUUUAGCCUUGCAGAGGCAAGGGCUACUUCAACAAAUUCGGUAACGAAUCCUAAUCACCCUCGACAUGGAUUUAAUCUAGUAAAUCAGUAUCAGGUGACAUUAUCAGGACUACUAAAUUUCCUAGAUGGAUUGUGGUCAAGCUGUGGAGAUGAGAGGAUCAUAGUGUUCACAACCAAUCACAAACACAAACUUGACCCUGCAUUGUUGCGCCCUGGUCGCAUGGAUGUGCAUGUCCACAUGUCCUAUUGCACUCCAUUUGCAUUCAAAAUUCUGGCCUCCAAUUACCUUGGCACCACACAGCAUCCACUUUUCAUAGAGAUUGAAGAACUGAUAGCGGAAACCAAGGUGACUCCAGCAGACAUCGCAGAGCAGCUGAUGAAGGAUGAGGAUGCUGAAAAUGUGCUCAGAGGCCUUAUUGAGUUUCUUGAAAAUAAGAGGAGAGAAAAUGAUGAAAGUAAAGCCAGUGAAGCUGAAAAGGUGGCAAUAGAAGAAGAAGGUAAGUAA